GCGUCGAGGACUUCUCGGUGGCGGUGGAGCCUGGAGUCACCCGCAAGGCUCUCAAUGCCCAUCUGCGUGGCACUGGGCUCUGGUUCCCCGUCGGUACUGGGGGUGCAGGGCAGCAUGGGCUGACACUCGGGGCUGGAUCGAGGGGUGCUGGGAGCAUUGGGAAUGCUGGGAACAAUGGGGUGGCGGGGGAUGUGGGGAGAACUUGGGGCGCUGCGGUUGUCCAUGUGGCCAGGGGUGCAGGCAGCGCUGGGUACACUGGGAUGCCAGAGCUCCCCAUGGGCACUGCGGUGCUGGGAGCACUGGGAGGGCGGGGGGUGGCUGCAGAGAGCUUGGAGCACUUGGAGCGCUGGGGUUGCCUGUGUGGCCAAGGGUGCUGGGGGUACUGGGGGUACUGGGGUGUCUGGGGAGAACCUGGAAUACUGGGAGCAUUGGGAUAUUCCAUAGGGCCAAGGAUGCUGGGAGCACUGGGGUGGCUGGGGAGAUUUUGGGAUACUGGGAACAUGGUCACAUUCCAUGUCGCCAAUGGUACUGGAAGCACUGGGAGCACUGGGAAGCCAUAUCAUAGGGACAAGGGCACUGGGAGCUGUGGGAUGGCUGGGGAGAUCUUGGAGUGCUGGGAGCAUUGGGAUAUUCCAUGGGGCCAAGGGUGCUGGGAGCACUGGGAUGGCUGGGGAGAUCUUGGAGUGCUGGGAGGACUGGAAGAACUGGGGUUGUCCAUGUUGCCAGGGGUGCUGGGAGCACUGGGAGCAGUGGGAUGGCUGGGGCUGCUGGGAAGAACUGGGAGCACAUAGAGCACUAGGAGCACUGGGGUUGCCUAUGUAGCCAAAGGUACUGCAAGCACUGGGAGCGCUGGGAUGGCUGGGGCUGCUUGGGGACUUUGUUUAUUGUGGGCAUUGGGGUUGCCCAUAGGGCCAGUAUUGCUGGGAGCACUGGGAGGGCUGGGGCUGAUGGGGAGCACUGGGAUUUCCCAUGUGACCAAGGGUGCUGGGAGCACAGGGGUGUAUGGAAGUGCCCGUGGGGCCAGAGAUACCAGGAGACAAGGUGUGCUGGCAGGCUCUGGGCUGCUAGGGAUGCUGGGGAGGCCCGCAGAGCUGGGUGCUGUGGAGAAUGCUUGGUGCAAUAGAGGCAGGCAUGGGGUGGGGGUGCCCAACGGCUGGGAGUGGCGGGGUCCCAGGGGUUCCCAGCACCAGGGGUGCCACGUGCUGGUGGUGCCGCUGACCCCCGAGCACACUGGCUCCCCUGGCCCCACUGCAGACCCCGGGGCGGACGCCUCGCUGUGCGGCAUGGCAGCCACCGGAGCCUCGGGCACCAACGCCGUGCGCUACGGCACCAUGCGGCCCAAUGUGCUCAACCUGCGCGUGGUGCUGCCGGACGGCAGCCUGCUGCACACCUCCGGGCCCGGGCGCAGCGCCAGGAAGAGCGCGGCUGGCUACGACCUGACCUCCCUGUUUGUGGGAUCUGAGGGUACCCUGGGCUUCCUGACGCAGGCGACGCUGCGCCUGCACCCCCUGCCUGAGGCUGUGGUCUCUGCUGCCUGCACCUUCCCCAGUGUGAGGGAUGCUGUGGGCUGCACUGUGCAGGUGCUGCAGGCGGCCGUGCCUGUGGCACGCAUUGAGCUCCUGGACGAGGUGAUGGCGGGCGCCUGCAGCCGCUACAGUCGGUUGGAGCUGCCGGAGGUGGCCAUGCUUUUCCUGGAGCUGCAUGGCUCCCAGCGCAGCCUGGCUGAGCAGCAGCAGCAGGCAGAGGAGCUGGUGCAGCUGCAUGGUGGCUCUGUCCUGUCCUGGGCGCAGGCGCCAGAGGAGCGUGAGCGGCUCUGGGCUGCACGGCACAGUGCCUGGUUCGCAGCCCUGGCCCUGCGGCCCGGCUGCCAGGGCUACUCCACCGACGUCUGCGUGCCCAUCUCCCGCCUGCCCGACGUCGUGCUGGAGACCCAGCGGGACCUGCGAGACUCUGGCCUCACUGGCCCCAUGGUGGGACACGUGGGCGAUGGUAACUUCCACUGCAUCCUCGUCUUCCGUGCUGACGACCCGGAUGAGGCGCAGCGCGUGCACGACUUCACCGAGCGCUUGGGCAGGCGGGCGCUGGCUGCGGGCGGCACCUGCACCGGGGAGCACGGCGUGGGGCUGGGCAAGCGGGCGCUGCUGCGCGAGGAGCGGGGUGCCGUGGGGCUGGCGGCCAUGCGCCGCAUCAAGGACGCCCUGGACCCCCUCCAUCUGAUGAACCCCGGCAAGGUGCUGUGAUCACCCCAACCGUGGCAAGGCAUGGCGCAUCCACCCAUCCUCCCACUUUUUGGGGACCUGGGGGGGGCUCCGGUACCCCCCUCAACGGUCCCCCGUUUCACCAAGAAUGCCAGUGAAAUAAAAUAACAGUGAAUAUUUUAUUGAACAUUGUUUUAAUACCAUAUCAAAACACCUUGACUAAUGAAGGAAGCUCCCCCAAGCUCUGAACUCGUUUCCCCCCCCCAUUUGUUUUUUUAAUAUAUAAAUACAGAAACGUUUCCCGCGGGGGCACGGCCACCGGCAGGGGAGGUCUCACCAACGACAACGCGCCCGCCGCGCCAGGAGGGGACGGGGAUGGGGGCACGGCCAUAAAACAGGGGGUCCUCACCUGCCGGCCGCUGGCGGGGCCCAAGUAGGACCCCCAGGUCCCCUCCUCAAAGGGUUCGGCCCGAAGGCGACGGGUUGGAGGGGAGGUUUUGGCAACGGCGGGGGGGCGGGGAUGCUGCGGCUGUCCAGUCUCUGAGUGGUUAUAGCUGAGUUAAAGAGUGACCAGUCUGUAAACAUCACCGGGGCAGGGAAGCUCAAAUCGAAGAACACGCCAGUCAACACGAAGCUUCAUUUAAUAUAUUUUUUUUUUCUCGGUUUUGUCUGUUUUCUCUGUUUUUUUUUUUUUUUUUUGUUGCUGUUUUUGUUUUUGUUUCUUUUUUUUUUCCUUUUUUCUUUUUCUCAUUGUAAACACUUGAAAGACAGACCCCGCUAUGGGGCAGAGCGGCGGCCCCGCUCCCGGCGUGGGGCAGAGUCCCCAUCACGCGCUGCCGGGGCCGGGCUGGAGAUCUCCAAAAGGGAGACGGGAGAGAGGAGGAAAUUCCCGUGUAGUCAGUGCAAAAACCGAGCAGAGCCCGCGGGCGCCAGGCGAGCCCGGUGAGAAGUGCCGCGUGCUCCGUUUGGCCGCUGUCCCCGGCAGCGCCGCUCCACGCGGGGAGAAAAGCCAAACAUCAUGGCAGCGUUGGGCCGAGGACGGCGGCUCCCUCGGUGCUGGAUCCCUCCUCGUGGCUGCAGGGAGAGCGGGUUGCUUUGCUCUUCUCACACUGUCUCUCCUGGAUGUUCCACGGUUUGGUGUUGUGGUGGGUUGGUUGGUUGGUUGGUUGGUUGGUUGGUUUUUUUUUUUUCUAA